AUGCUGACGCUUUCGUCGAGGUCGUCGGAGAUCACUGCCCGCUACCAGUGCGACGGCAAGGAGGUGCCCAAGGUCUUGUGGCGGGUACGGUACACUGGUCAGUCGCUCAAGGCGCGGGCCAAGCCCUCGUUCAAGAGCAAGCAGCAGUUCAAGCGGGCGGUGGAGUUGCACCUGAACUGGUCCAACCGCAUCCCGACGCCCUUCAUCUCGUUGUUCGGCACGCAGGAGCACGCGGUCAAGUGGGCGCGACGCCACUUCGAGCUCGGGUACGACGACGUGUUCCUGCUCAAGGUCGACGCAGCCAAGGUGGGCCCCGUGUUCCAAGUCCGGUACUUGGUGCAGGACAGCGACAUCCACACGCUGCUGCCCGAGAGCAUGUACAACGACGAGUUCCUGGUGCUGCGCAAGAUCAGCAGGCGGAGUAUCAUCCGAGAGACCUACUUGGCCUGCAGUGAUGAGAGCUCCAGUGAGAGUAGCAGUGCGGGUCGGAGCAGUGAAGAGUCAAACGAUGAGGACGGCGAUGUCUUUGCUGGCUAG